UCAGUUUGGAGUGUCACAGAGCCAAAGGGAACGCCUUUAAUGCGGCUCUCGUGAAACUGCAAUUAGCUCAAGGUAACGGAGUUGCUGUCAAACCGCUGUGCUAUCAAGAUCCGCUGGGUGGGUUUGUUCGGGGUCACUGUAGACAUGACUACCAGCUGUCUGUGGACAGUGGGCCUGCUGCUGGCGCUGCUGCUGCCAACGGAAGUACUUUCUCAGGGUUCUUUUGAUCUGACUGAUGCUCUGGAUGGUAACAGUGACAGUAAAUCAUCAACGACCCCUGCACCAAAACCAGCUAUACCUGCAGGAGGAGAGUUGGACUUGGAUUUCAAAUUCAGUGACAUCACCACCACCAAAGCCCCAACCAGGGUUAUACCUAAGGGUUCAGCAAGUACCAAGGCUCCAGUCAAGCAUAAGCCCAAGCCAGCUAAUGAUGACCUAGACCUGGCUGAUGCCUUGAACCCCAACAAUGACAUUGGUGGCAAGGAGAAAAACAAGGGGCAGGGAGAUAUAUUUUCUGACAGUGAUCUGAGUGAUGUAAGUAAAGAUGACACGUACAAGCCUGACAAAGGCAAAGGUGGUUUCUCAGGAGGUGGUGGUGAUCUGAUUAACCAGCAUGAUGACAAUCGUGAGACCACAGCUGAGGUGGGCACCAUUGCAGGAAUUGUCAGUGCAGUUGCCAUGGCACUGGUGGGUGCAAUAAGCAGUUACAUCUCCUAUCAGAAGAAGAAGCUGUGCUUCAGUAUGCAACAGAGCCUGAACUCUGACAUGGUGAAGGCUGAGAACCCUGAGGCUGUGGUGGCUACAGAGCCACAAGUCCAACAGACUCUCCUGGAGCCGUCCAAUGCUGAGCCUCCCACUGAAGAAAAUGCUGUCUAAACACAUUCACAAGGUCACCCACAUACAUUCCCCCUCAACAAAAUCCCCCACCUAAACCAUGCACACACUCGCACACAAACCUUUUCAAAUGUGAGUGUUUAUAGUAAUUUAUUGCUUACUAUUUGAACACAUCCAACAACACCACCAACAGGUUUGCUUUUUUUUUUUUUUAAAGCAUUUCCCCUUUGACACAUAACUGAUUAUUUGUGACAAAUCAUAUAUCUUACUUUUGUUGAUCGAAACCAUGCGAAGUAGAAUAACACAUCCCAGAAUCCUGUCAGUGCUCAUUUAAAGGGAUAGUUCACUGAAAAAUGUAUAUUCACUCAUUAUCUACUAAAGGCUCCAGUAUGCUUCUACGUAUCCGUUUCGUGGAGAGGCAUGCACGGAUAGCAGAGAGUCUUUUUGAUUUAUGCCUUUACGACGACAAUCCGUCUGAAAACAAUUCACCGCCAAACAGUAGGUGGCGCAACGGAAGACAAGCUCAGAGAAGCCUACCCCAUUUCUGGGAAGAAGAAGUCCACAUGUGUUUGUCUACCUCUGUCUGCUGGUCUCCCACACACUGAACCAUGGCAACUAACAGAACUAAAUAAAGUGACACCCAGCGGGUCAAAAUGCUGAUGUUAUCGUUUCUUAGCGCAGCGGUUCCCUAGUCUUGUUUCCCAACUGUGUUGCUGAUUCCACAGCUUGAAUCUGCUUGAGGCUACACGGAGCUAGCUAGCUCCCCCCCCCCCAGCUUCCACACAGUCAGCAGGGACUCCCGACACUAACUACUACCCAGUGUUUGCUUCUAACCUGACGGUAUUAUAGAAACUGUGUCAAGAUAGAAGUGGAAUUAAAGUCGUGACAGCGGGUUUUUGCACUGUUACCACUGCAGCUAGCAUGGUGGCUAGCCCGCUAGCCUAGCACGCUAGCCUAGCACACUAGCGCCGUUAUGAAAGCUCGUUAUAACCGUAUGUGACCGUGCACACAUGCCGUCAGUGCUCUGCCGAGCCACCGUCAGCCGGACAACUCCGCUGGCUAAACACACACGUCACAUUAAUCGUAGAAUCACAGUUGUGUUUGGGUUUGAUGUGACACCGGGAAGGAAGCAGGAAGUUUGAGGUCCGGAAAUGUGAAAUAUGGAAAUGACGUCAUACGGAAAUUAUGUAGUUCGCGGACCAAUCACAGCCAAGGUCUGUCCGUUGGGUCUCCGAAAUAAACACGGACAGUUAGAAAAAUCAGAGGUGCACGAAAAGCUCUCCGAGGCGCUCGGAGAGGGCGUUCCAUGACGGAUAGGGCGGUCUUAUCUAUCCGUUUUAGAAAAGACGUAGAGGCAUAAAUUGGCCUUAAGUCGAUGGAGGGAUGGGUGAAGUGUUUGAGACCACAAAAAACGUUUGGAGUUUCAGUGGUAAACAGUGUUGCAGGCAAAUCUAAUGCAAUUGAAGGAACUGGCGACUGAUUCUUCAAACGUAAAAAAAACACAGACAAAAAAAACUAAUAUGCCUCAAUAGUGCUCCUGUGUUGACAUUCAAGUGUCCGUAAGGCCCAACAUUCAAAUUCAAAAUGGCAUCAUUUACUCAAUACAUAUAUAUUUUUGGUGAACUAUCCUAUCUAAGGAAGAAUAUUUAACUGUAGACCCUAGAUUUCUGUUACAAGCCUUGAGGCAACUAAUUAUGGAAUCACUUGGGAAAUUGUGAUAAAAUGUAUAAAUGGCCAGUUAGCAGAUAAUGUAUAAACACAUUUCCACAGUAAUAAUCAUGUACUAAUGAUACAAAUUUUUCUUAUUCCUACAAAAUGUGACAUUUUAUGUGAGUUAUUACUUGUUCACUUUACUGUGUUAUUAUGAAGUCAUAACCAGUGAUUAUAAUACUAUUUGUUAAGUAGAUGAUCAGGGUUUCUGAAGUUAAACAUUUGAUUAAUGUGUUGCUUUUUAAUUGUCUUCAAUAUGAGCUCCUUGUCCAUUAGUGGGCAAGGUACAUAUGUAUAGACCUGAAGUAACUGCGGGGAACCUCUGUUACGUGGAUUGACAGUUACAUCAUUAGUCACACACUGCUUACGUUAUAAUUUACAGAGUUGCAUCUUUUUGGAGUGGGAAUAAGAUGCAUCUAUACUUUACUUUCUAAUCAUAACCUGUGACCUUUUAUAUUGUAAAUAGCCUGCCGCUUUUUCAACUGGCCUUUAACAACGAUGAAGGUAGCUAAGGAGAAGCUUCAUUUUUCGAGGUGCUAAUGCUCAAAUAAUUCUGAUAAGAACAGUGAGUGGUUGACAUGGAAUUGACAAGAGUCAAAUCAACACUUGAGAGGAUACAAUUAGCUUGCUAAAUCAGUUGUGCUGUGGUUUGAGUUUAAUAGUGGACAGCAUGUUUUUUCCUCCCUCUGAAUUUGAAAGGAGUCUGACCCAUCACAACACUAUUUUUUAUUGUGUAAGCGUUGAGAUUCAACGUUUACAGAAUAGAAUUCAUCUUGAUCCUGUGGUGGCCAUUAUUUCCAUCAGUGUGAGACAUGCUUGCAGAACAGCGGCAUAUCAUGAAACCAUUGUGUGUCGAGGCUAAAAUAGAUUACCACGUUUUAAUAAUAAGUACUCAUAUUGUAAGCGCGUACUUUAAGUAUUUUGAUGUGAUUCAGGAAACUUAAAAAAUAUCAAUUAUGCCACAAUCCUGGUCAAACUCCAGCCUUGGUACAUAUAACUGUGCCACAGUAUAGUUUUGACAGAAUAGCUGAUAAGAGCUGUUGUCCAAACAGAUGUGAAGACAAGAGGCGUCAAAAGUUUAUUUUCCAACGGUUGUACCCCAUUGGAAAAUCACUGCUUAGAGUGUAUAAAAUUUGAAUAUAUUUGGGACUCAUAUUGGGGACUCACAUGACAGUCUGACCAGAAAACAGAGGUGUUGCUGUGAAGUUCAAAAUGUCCUUAAUGGGAAUUAUAUCCACAUGAGUAGAAAGGUGAUGGUGAAAGGAAGUCAGAGAAGGACUGACAGGGAGUAAAAGGAGUGACGAUUGAGUGACUAAUGAAGGCAGACAAGAGUGUGAAUCCAUUUGCACUUUUACAAAUAGUGGAAAAGAUAAUUUGCAUAAGAAAAAGAGAGCUUUGCUUUAGCUGCCUAGAUGAAGUCAGAAUCAGUAGUUUGCAUUAGGAUCCUGAAUGGUAUCGUUGUAAAAAAUUUGAAGGUUGUACAUUUUACUAUGAGUAGUUCUUUGUUUGUACUGAUAGCAGCAUGUAAGAGAUAACACAUUUAAUUAUAUUACUGUGUAUGUGUGUGGAAGGGUGUGUGCGUGUGUGUGAGUGUGUUCACACGCUUUCCUGUUUUUUUUACACUUUGUACCCAAAUUACUUUUCCUAAUAACUUGGCUAAACUCUUUGUAAGCGCAUCUUGGUGAGUGUGUUUGUUGUGUACUGCCAACACUUUAUUUUCCUAUAACUUGGGCUUUUUAAGUGGCUGCACUGAUAUCUACAGUCUCAUGUAUUUUGUAUUUUAUUGUCCUCUGAUACUGAUGGGUCGAUUUCUUCAAACUCACAAAUAUUGUGUGACUCAGUUGCCGGCCUCCAAAAAUGAAUCACUCAGAAUAUUCUUUAGGGUCAACAAAACUGCCCAUGUCCAUGAGGCACCUGGCAGAUGAAGUCUGGAGGCCUGUUCACAGCCCAACAUUUAUUUCAGACUGUAUGUGCCCAGUGUGUGCCAACAGUACCUGUGUAGAACACCUAACUAAGAGUCUGACAGAUGUUUCUGCAACCAGACCCUGAGAUAUGGGCUGAAACAUCCUAAGUGCUUAAACAUGCUCUCUGACAGAUAGCAUUAUACACAGUGAUGUGUGAGUAACCCAAGAGGAAAACAUCUUGAGAUACUAAAGUCAAGGUUAAGUCACUUUUUUGUUGUGAGGGGUCCCAUUCUCCUAAAGUGAUCAAACUAGGGGAAAUUGUCUUGUUUGUUGUUUUCAGGGAUGAUGACUGUUAGGAUUAACAAACAGUUAAACUCUCUACCGCCCUGGCAGCUGUAAUUCAAAUGGUGAUUCUCUCUGUUUUAUAAGCUGCUCAGUCCCACAAGGGCACACUAUUCAUCUAAUAGCCCCCAAUAUGCACAUGAGCAACAACCAUUGCUUUUCCUCCUUUGUCCCGGGGGUACUGAGGAGAGGUUUGGGUGCUGUAUCAAGCUCAGGCUGCUGAGAGCUGAACUUAACACAGAGCAACAAAAAAAAAGAAGCCAAUGUUAACAGAAUGUAUUAAAUAUCUUCACGUGCUGUAGAAAAAUACAGAUUUGACCAAAGAUGAUUAAGAUUGACUUUCCUGUUGUGUAUUGGAGUUGUAUUUGAAUCUGUUUGUGAGAACAAGGCCUUGAAAUAACCAUGAAGGACAAACAUUUAAUCUGACCACGAGUCUGAAUGUAAUUCAGAUGUCCUCACAUCUCAAGCGCAACAUUGACAAUGAUAGUUAGAUGGAUAUGACACAGAAGAGAACAUCCGUCUUACGUUCAUGAAACUGUUGAAACUGUUUUAGGUUCUAGUGUUGCGCCCUGUUAAACUUCUGUUUUCAAGUGGUUUCCAGACUUGUCUAACAAAACAAUGUGAAGAAGUCCAAUCUACACCUGUUAAAGGCCUGUAACUGAAAGUGUAGGUGUGAAACCUGUUUAAAUAUUAACCUAAUGUACUCUGCAUUGACUGCAUCAUUCCCUUUGUGGGCUGAGGUCACAACAGCUGGGUGUGGACGUUAUAACAGAAACUGUAAACGUGUGUAUCAGGGUGGCAGACUGGCAGGUGAAUGCACUUACAGUGAAUCCAAACUGGAUCCAGAGAAGCAGCGAAUCCAGACCGUGAAAGUUACAUCAAGACAACACCUUUUAAUUGGUGGUCAUCAAGACACUGGUGCCUACUUAAACUAUAAGGAGCUUCAAAGUAGGACUGCAUGUUAUAUCGAAAAUUUAUCCUCAUCUUGAUAUCAACAUACGUAUCGCAAAAGACUGCUUGAACUGUGAUAAAUGGUGUUCCAUGUGCCAUGCAUUAACGCUCUGCAUGUCAAUAUAUUUGGCCAAUCAAAUGGAGCCCUGUACCCUACAAAAAAUGUAAAGGUUUAGGGAUAUUCAGAUCAUUUGACAGGUUUUUCCCUAAAAUAAAUCGUUUUCGGAAGAAGAAAAGAUAGAAUUGUGAGGCGGGCCCGUCAAAUCUCGUGCUGCCUCCCGACUAAAUUCUACUGUGGAAACGUUAGUUAUCAUGGUUGUCCCGGGGUCAGAUCAGUCACUAUGAGUGGUUAGGAGUGGCAUGGCUCCCUGGGUGACUGCCCCAGACUUGGUGGCACAGUGGUUGGGCUGUGCACCCUCUCCCGCUCGCUUUGUUUUUGUCAGUGUCUGCAUAGACCCGUACUUUAUGGGGUCUAUGUUAGCAGUGAACCCAAAGCACCACUGUAUACUUAAGCAUUUCUUUAUUUAUCGCAAGUCAUAUCGUCAUCGCGAUAUUCAACAAGACUAUUGCAUAUCACAUGUUUUCCUAAUAUCGUGCAGCCCUGCUUCAAAGCAGCACCGGCACAUCAAAUAAAGGAGAGUGCAGGCAUCUUGAGAUGUAUAGCAUGAUAAAGACUUUCAUCUGACUAAAAGUUGAUUUCAGACUUUAUAUGGAACUGAAUAUUUGAUUAAUAUAGUACAUUAUGCUUAAUAAAUUCCAAGUUCAUUUAUUGGAUUAUAGGAUUUCUGAAAUAACCUUGUAAAACUAAGUAUAGGCUAAGUAUUAAUAUUGUAAUUUUAGUAUAGUAAUUAUUAUGUUACUUAUGUGACACAAGUAAUCAAGACUAAUGUUUUCCAACUAAAAUGUUCCAGGUAAAUCUCAUCUAGAUAAUCUGGUUCUACAAAUGCAGAGAUUUCGGUUUGAUUUGUUCAUCUUGAAUAAUAAUUUAUCUUUAAUAAUGGUGUGCUUUUGUAAUAGAAUGUAUAGAUAAUGAGUUGAUUGAUGUGAGAAAAAGACUGCUGAUUGUACUGUUAGAUUCAUGAAUGGCUGACAAUAACUAUACAUUCAAUUAAGGGACUUAAAAUAGCUUGUGUCAAAUCAGGGUAACUCCCUGUAUAGAGGGCAGGACCCUGGAUUAGAUUUAAACUUGAUAUUAAACUCAUCAAAGACCACAUUUUGUUCUCACGGUUUCAAGCCUUAAUCCUAAACAGAACAAACUAAAGAAGACUAACUGAUGUGUCACCUACAUAUUCAGCCUGGAUUACUCUGUGAGUUGCUUUGUUCAAUGUUUCUCUGGCGUUUUAACUCUGAAUGAUGUCGUGUCUGUAGUGUUUAUUAUGACAGCUGUGCCUGAGAUCUUCUAGUUUUUUGGGAGCAGUCACAUGACAAUGACCUGUCAGACAUGCUUAAUGCCACCCUGACUAUCCACUGCAGUACACUUAAGUGCCUGCACUGCAUUUCCCACGCUCUAGUGCCUGUCAACAUGUGAUAUAUAGCCACAGUUCGGCACCUUAACAUUGCCAUUAAGUUAUGUCUAUUUGCCUGAUUGACACUUGAAAAACAAAAACAAAUGUGAAAAAGUGCUUACUUUCCAACUUACUUGUUUGGUAUUUGAGGGCUGGCUUUUUUUGAGUUACUGGCUUGUCACCUACAACACAUACUCACUUAUCCUGUACACUUCUUUACUGCACAUAAUCAUCAUGCAUGCUUUUCUCUGCAUCCUGUAUACACCCUUAACACGUAGCUUACAAGUGUUGAACUCUGUAUGUCAAGGUAUUGUGAGCUCUGCUUUCUUUCUUACUCAACUAUGAAUUAUCUGGCAAUAUCUUACAGGUGUUAUAUGUGUUACUAAUAUGAAAUAAACAGUUUCAAAAGAUAA